GGAGCAUCUGUUUCCUCUCUCCCUACUUUGCUCAGUUGCUGCCACAGGUUUUGCUAAAUCAAGGGAGAGAGGAGUUGCUUCCUUCUCUUCUUUUUCUUUCUUUCUUUCUUUCUGCUAGUGUGAUUUUUUCUCUCUGAUUCCUCAACUCAACAACACUGCACGUCUCCUACUGUUUGCCACUGUCAUUUCAGAGCCAGGGGAAAGCUUAUGAUCCAGUCUGGUUGUACAAGUGUUGAAGAAUACGUCAAUCUUUAUGGAAAGCUAUAUUUGCCAUAAUUUUGGCGGAUGCUGAAUGAUGCUUGAGUUGAAUCUGAUCUUUACAAUUAAUUGUCUCCAUACUCUUAUAUGGCCUCAACAACUGCCAUUAGACCUUCUGCAGAACAGCGACAGAAACCCUUAGGUGAUAAUCAAAAUAGCGAAAUGAAGGAUUGCGGGUCUCUGCCCCCGCACGUCUCAAAAACAAGCAAAUCCAAGUCAGCUUUACCCAAGAAAUUACCAGAAUCUGGGAAAGUGAUGACGACAGUUACUGUAGAAUCCUUGGAAAUCAAAAACCCAUCAAAUUGCAAUGGAAGAGGAUCUAAUAAUCCAUCAAUAGAAAUAUCUCAUUCAAAUAAUCCUUCAGCUGAUGUUGAUCGAGUUUCAAGAACUGUAGGUCUUGUGCUCAGUGAAACUGGAAGCUCAUCAGAAGCUUCAGGUGAAAAAGAGAAGCAAGCUUCUGAGCUUGAAAUCACGAAGAACAGUUCCGUCUCUGGAAAACUGAGUGACGGGGCUAGCAGUCUUGGGAAAACCAGUGGGAGUGCUAAAACUAGUGAUCGUGCUGAUUUUGUUGAGAGUGGUAAGAGCAGUAUGUGUAGAGACAGCACUAGCAGUGAUGUUAGCGAUGAAAGCACUUGCAGCAGUUUCAGUUGCAGAGUCAGCAAACCCCAUAAAGCAAAUGACUUGAGAUGGGAAGCCAUCCAAGGAAUCCGAACAAAAGAUGCUAUGUUGGGCUUAAGCCAUUUCAGAUUGCUGAAAAGGCUGGGUUGUGGAGACAUUGGGAGUGUUUACCUUGCGGAGUUGAGUGGCACCAAGUGUUACUUUGCCAUGAAAGUAAUGGACAAAGCAUCUCUGGCAAGUCGUAAGAAGCUUCUUCGUGCUCAGACAGAAAGAGAAAUACUACAGUCCCUGGAUCAUCCGUUCCUUCCAACCCUCUACACGCAUUUUGAGACAGAUAAAUUUUCAUGUCUGGUGAUGGAAUUCUGCCCUGGAGGAGACUUGCACACUCUUCGGCAAAGACAGCCAGGCAAACAUUUUUCUGAACAAGCAGUAAAAUUUUAUGUGGCAGAGGUCCUCCUAGCUCUGGAGUAUCUCCACAUGCUUGGGAUUGUCUAUCGUGACCUCAAGCCAGAAAAUGUCCUUGUACGGGAAGAUGGACAUAUAAUGCUAUCCGAUUUUGACCUUUCCCUUCGUUGCGUUGUUAGCCCAACACUAGUUAAGACCUCUUCUAUUGAAUCAGAUCCCCUCCGGAAGAACCCCAUUUAUUGUGUCCAGCCAACUUGCAUGGAACCUGCCUGCAUGCAACCAUCCUGUGUGGUUCCAACAACUUGCUUCUCUCCUCGCCUCUUUUCCAGCAAGUCCAAGAAGGACCGGAAGCCGAAAAAUGAGAUCAGGAACCAAGUCAGCCCGUUGCCAGAGUUGAUUGCAGAACCAACUAGUGCACGUUCUAUGUCAUUUGUAGGGACCCAUGAAUAUUUGGCGCCUGAAAUUAUCAAAGGCGAGGGUCACGGAAGCGCUGUAGAUUGGUGGACUUUUGGGAUCUUUCUUUACGAACUUUUGUUUGGUAAAACGCCAUUUAAAGGAUCUGGAAAUCGAGCGACGUUGUUCAAUGUUGUGGGACAGCCCCUCAGAUUUACUGAUUCACCUGUUGUUAGUUUUGCUGCAAGGGAUCUUAUUAGGGGAUUGCUUGUGAAAGAACCACAGCAUCGGUUGGCGUACAAAAGAGGCGCAACUGAGAUAAAGCAGCACCCUUUCUUUGAAGGAGUUAAUUGGGCACUCAUCCGCUGUGCUACCCCCCCUGAGAUCCCAAAGCCAGUUGAGUUUGAGAGGAUACCUGUUCCAGCAGCUUCAACAAGUGAGAAGGCUGCUAAGGCUGCGGCUGCUGCAGAUAAAAAAGGCUUUGAUAAUUACCUGGAAUUUGAUUUCUUUUAGCACGAAGGAAUAUAGCAGUGUGGAGAUUUGUUUAAUUUAUGGAACGAAAAUAUUCUGGAAAAGUAAACAUUGCUAGUUGUAGGGAUGGCAAGACUUUCGUUCAUAUUAGUUGAUGAUGAAAAAUUGUAUGUAUUGUUUGUCCUUGUCCUGCUGCCGUUUAACGGUUUCACAUACUGUACUGUGCCAUAAACACUACUAAUCAUGUACGAAGUAAAGUCUAUUCUUCAACUUGUAGAAUACAAA